UCCCAGCCCUUCCACCCCCCCUUUCCCCCUCCAUCAACACCUCCCUUUCUCUUAAAGAUGAGGACUCCCAUGCGUAUCCAUCAGCCUUGGCAUAUCAAGUUGCAGCAAAACCACGUACAUUUUCUAAUGAGGCUAGACAAGGUACCCAAUAGGGGGAAAGGGUCCCAAAGACAGGCAACACUGAGAGACAGUCCCUGCUUCCCAUGUUAGAAGUGCCACAUGAAGACCAAGCUGCACACCUGUUACCUAUGUGCAGAGGGCCUAGAUCAGCCCCAGGCAGGCUCAUAACUUUCAUUUCAGUAUUUUACAAUAUGUGCAUUACCUGGCUUUAUCUCACCGAAUACACAGCUAAUCUCUUCCCAGCAAGUUGCAUAGCAAGCUCUUGUAGCUUGAAGGCCAUCUAAAGGGAAAAAGCUUUUAGCUCAUCUCUAGCUUGACUUCGCAAUGUCCUGUGACCAAAAUGGAUACUGUCUUCAGUUAUAAAACUUUCAUUAUUCACUUAUCCAUGUUUGAGGUGUCAUAGCAAGGACAACACUUGAUUGACAGUUCCCAUAACAUAUUUACGUAUGUCUGCUUCAUACCUGGAGUGCCCUGCUAAGAGCUGCAUAAAAAGAAUAACACUUCAAUUUUUAAUAUUUUGAUGAACUUCCUCACAUAUUUCCUGGCAUGUGCCAGCUUACCACCACAUAUACCAACCUACUUUACCACCAACACAAGUGUAAACUGUAAGAGUUCCUGUUUUCCCAUGUCAUUGUUAACAUUUUUGUCUAAAUAGCCAUGUGACUAGGAAGAUGAAAUCACACAAUGUUUAAUUUGCAUUUCCUUGUUGGCUAAAAAUUUUGAAAAAUUUCUGAGUAUGUAUUAGCCAUUUAACUCUGUAUGUGUCAGUACUCUGUUCAGUUCCAUAGAAUAUGUAAAUCACUUGCUUUAUUCCUAGAUGUUCAUAAACAUGUAUAUUGCAAACACUAAUCCAGCCUACUUUGCUGGGAAAGUUUACUGGCAUUUUGUAGGUUGCCUUUUCAUUUAAUGAGCUUUUCUGUUUUGUUGAUUUGGGAAUAUGGAAACCAUUUCUUUUUAGAAGGGACACUAGAGAGGUGAUAACAUAUCCUGUAAGAUUGGAAUCCCCUUCAGAAAAGCUCCCUAUAGGGAACGAUGUGUGUGUGUGUGUGUGUGUGUGUGUGUGUGUGUGUGUGUGUGUGUGUGUGUGUCUGUGUGUCUGUGUGUGUGUGUGUCUGUGUGUCUGUGUCUGUGUGUGUGUCUGUGUGUCUGUGUCUGUGUGUGUGUAUGUAUGUAUGUAUGUAUGUAAAAAUGUGUAUAUAGAUAUAUAUGUAUAUAUACAUAUAUACAUAUAUAUCGUUAAACACAUUCCCUGAUCUCAUCUAAUAGUUGCAGAAUUUUGAGUAUAACAUGGAGAGUUGAUACAGUUGGAAUUUAUUUUUUCUCCCAAAGUAGGAGACAAAGGUCUUGUUUCCUUCUACCAGAAGAUAACCAAUGUUCCUAUAAUAAAUAGUAUAUUAAAGAGAAAAUCUUUUCUCAGAUGUAUGUGUUUGGCUUUUUGUAAAAAAAAUUGAGUUAGUGUACUUGUGCAGACUUUGAUCUCGAGAUCUCCCUCCUCCUUCUCUUCCUCCUCCUCCUCCUCCUUCUCCUCCUCCUCCUCCUCCUCCUCCUCUUUCUUCUUCUCUGAAAGUUUUUUAAUGGUAUUAGUCUUCCACAUCACUGAGACUGCAGAAUCGUUACUCUUUUUGUUAUUUUCCAAUGUCCACUUCAAUUUUGGUCAGCAUGAAUUUAGACCUUUGCAGACCCUCUGAACAUUGUUCUGUUUUUAUGUUCCUUACUGAUCAAGCUAAGAUAUCAUGCACUAGUUUGGACUGUUCAGAGGAGAUGCAUUAUUAUUGUUCCUGAUCGUAAUGUGAAUGCCUUCAGUUUUUUUCACCUAGCACAAAAUUGGCGAUAAUUUAGUCAUAUAGACUUUAUCCAAUUGUUUCUAUCCCUUCACUUUCCAAGGUUUUUGUCAUGCAUUGAAAUUGAAUUUUCUUAAACCCUUUUGUGUAUGUGUGUGCAGUUAUUACCAUGAUUGUGUAGUCUCUGUUCCUGACAACAUUUAAUUUAUGUCUUUAUUCUUUAAUGUACUUACAACCAUCUCUCCAUGCCUAGAAUGGUUAUGGUUCUUGAAUUUUUGUUUUGUUUUUAAGAACUUUGGCAUGUAUGUUAAUCAAAGAAAUUGGACUUUAACUCUCUUUUCUACUGUGUCUUUGUUAGGAUUUGGAAUCAAGAUAAUAACUAGCUUCAUGGAAAAGGGGUAUUUGGAAUCCUUUCAUUUUUGUAUUACAGAAUAACUUAAGCAGUUUUGGUAUUUUAUGUCUACUAGAAUUUUGAAAUUAUUGUACUUUACAUUGAUUUAGCUCUAAUAAGUCCUAUAUGUCUUAGGUUUUUUAUACCUUUGUCUUCAGGUUUUACUGCUCUGAACAGACACCAUGACCAAGGUAACUCGUAUAAGGACAACAUUUAACUGGGGCUGGCUUACAGGUUCAGAGAUUCAGUCCAUUAUCAUCCAGGUAGGAGCAUGGCAGUGUCCAGGUAGGCAUGGUGCAGGAGGAGAAGAGAGUUCUACACCUUCAUCUGAAGGCCACUAGGAGAAGACUGGCUUCCAGGCAGCUAGGAGGAGAGUCUCAAAACCCACCCCCCUCAGUGAAACACUUCCUCCAACAAGGCCACACCUACUACAACAAGGUUAUACCUUCUAAUAGUUUUACUCACUGGGUCAAGCAUAUCCAAACCACCACAGCCAAUGAAUUUGUCCAUUUCAUAUCAUUUUUCCUGUUUAGUAGAAUAAAAUCUUUUAAAGUCUGUUGUCACAAGCCUGAAGUUACUUUUGACUAUUGCAAUGUCUUUAUUUUCUCUAAUUUUAUUACUUCAUGUCUGUUUUCUUCAUUAAUUUAAAAGGGUUCGCCCAUCUUGUUUAUCUUUCAAAGAACCAACUCUAUUUCCCUGAUUCAUUCUUUUAUUGUCUUUUUUUUCCUGCCUGUUAUUCAUUAUUUUUCCCAUUCAGUGAUAGUCAGUUUGAGUUCUUGGUUUUUUAUGCCAUAAAGUAUACCAUUAGGCUGUUUAUUUAAUGUCUGAUUCUUUUGAAAAACUUAUUUGCUUAUGUCCAUUUAUGUAUUUUGAAUGUAAGUACCUGUGUGUGUGUGUGUGUGUGUGUGUGUGAGAGAGAGAGAGAGAGAGAGAGAGAGAGAGAGAGAGAGAGAGAGAGAGACAGUAGCUAAGAAGGUCAGAAGAGGACAUAAGCCCUUUGAGCCGGAAUUAUGUGCAGUUGUGAGCUACUCCACAUGGAUGCCAGGUAGCAUAGAAGAGCACCAAGUCAUUUACCCCUGAGCCCUCUCCUGCUACUAUUUGAAUUUUUUCCUUCUCUUUGAUUUUUGUUUCUUUUAGUUUUUUUAACUUAAUCACUUUACAUCCAACUCAAGGCCCCUCUCCUGGUCCCCCUCUCUCAGAAUCUUUUCCCUCAGCCUCCCUCCCCUAUUCAUUUGAACAGGUGGGGGGCUCCCUGGGUAUCACCUCACCCUGACAUAUCAAGUAUCUGUGAGGCUGGGCACUUUCUCUUCCACUGAGGCCAGACAAGGCAGCCCAGCUCGAAGAACAUAUCCCACACUGUUGCCUAACAGCUUUUGGCAUAGCCCCUGUUCAAGUGGUUCAGGACCUACAUGAAGACCAAGCUGCAAUCAGCUACAUAUGUGCAGGGAGGCCUAGGUCCAGCCCAUGCAUGUUCUUUGGUUGGUGAUUCAGAGAGCCCCAAGGGUCCAGGUUAGUUGACUCUCUUGGUCUUCCUGUAUAGUUCCAUCCUUUUUGCCUGCAAAAUUCAUGAUGUUUAAGUUUUUAACUGCUGAAUAACAUUCCUUCUGUAGAUGUACCACAUUUUCUUUAUCCAUUCUUCAGCCGAGGAACAUCUGGAUUGUUUCCUGUUUCUAUCUAUUAUGAGUAAAGCUGUGCACAUAGUUGAGCAAGUGUCCUUGUGGGAUGUUGGAGCAUCUUUUGGAGCUAUGCCUAAGAGUGGUAUAGCUGAGUCUUGAGGUCGAACUAUUCCUAGUUUUCUGAGAAACCCCAAAAUUGAUUUCCAAAGUGGUUGUAAAAGUUUGCACCCCAACCAGCAAUGGAUGAGUGUUCCCCUUGCUCUACAUCCUCACCACCACGUAUGAGCUCUUGAGGUUUUGAUCUUUGCCAUUCUGAUAGGUGUAAGAUAGAACCUCAGAGUCGUUUUGGUUUGCAUUUCCUUGAUGACUAAGGACUUUUUGGAUUUUAAAUGUUGUCACUUAGAGCUAUAAAUUCCCCUGUUAAUUCUGCCUUCAUUGUAUUUAUUAUAAUGAGGACACCAGAUCUCAUUACAGAUGGUUGUGAGCUACCAUGUGGUUGCUGGGAAUUGAACUCAGGUCCUCUGGAAGAGUAGUCGGGUGCUCUUAACCGCUGAGCCACCUCUCCAGCCCCUUCUGCCUUCAUUGUAAUACAUAGAUUUCCAUGUUAUAUGCUAAUUUUCUUUCAGCCAAAUAACUCAUAGAUUUCUUCAAUGAUCCAUUCAUCAAAUAAUAGUUUAUUUCAUCUCCAUAGGUUUUUUUUUAUGUUUCCUAUAAUAUCUAUUGCUAUCUAUCGCACUCUUUUUUAUGGUGAUCAGAUAGAAUACAAGGAAUUGUUUCAGUUUUUCUGUGUGUGUUGAUAUUUGCUUGUGUCCUCAUAAAUGAACUUUUAUAGUAUUUUCCAUGAGCUAUUGAGUAAAGUAUUAUUUUGUUGUGUUUGUUUGUUGUUUUGUAUUUGACUAUUAGAUCCAUUUGGUCUAUGGUGCUAUUUAAUUAUAGUUGUUCUGGUGUGUGUGUGUGUGUGUGUGUGUGUGUGUGUGUGUGUGUGUGUGUAGUUCUAAUGAUGACACUGUGAUUUUAAAUUCAUUAUUGUUGCAUUAGUUAAUAAACGAAUAUAUCUAGUAGUAUUUGUUUUAUGAAUUUGAGUGAGCUUUUGCUUCCAUAUGUAUGAGGGGGAUGUAGAGUGAAUCUAGGGGAAGAAGAAGUGGGAUGGAGAACAAAGUGCCAUGGACUCCUGUGACUGCUCAAGAAAUUUUGAUCCAACUGUGCACUGCAAGUGAUCUCAGAUAAACCAGUAAGACAGAACAAAGGACCCUCUCCUACAAAGUCACAGUCAAGUGAAUUGAGCGGUACAGAGUGUGUAAUGCCCACUUUGGCCUUUUUUACAUAACCACACCCUUAUUAGCAGAAAAGUUGUGACUAAGUUAUUGUACUAGAUAAUCAAAGUUAAAUUUGCAUCCUGAUGCUGGCUUCCAGAGUCUGAAAUCUUGGCAUCUUUGUGAACUCAUCUCUGUUUCCCCUUUUCCUGAUUCCAGUUCUGACAUACUACAUAUAAUUAUAAUUACUUUUUGAUGAAUUGUUCUUUGGACAGAAUGAAGUGAGUUUCUUUAUCUCCUUUGGUAAUAUUUUGUUUCCUGUUUUGUCAGAUGUUGAAAUAGUGAACUUUACUUGCUUUGUACUUUGAUUUUCAUUGAAGAUCUUUUUCCAUUUUUUUCCCACCCUAAGAUAACCUGUAUCCUCCAUGACCCAGUGUACUUUUAGGAGGUAGUAAAGGGGGGAUCUUCUUUUCUAAUCCAGUCUGCUAGUCUGUUUGUUUUCUUAAGUAAUAAUCAAAUUAUUAGAUUUAUUAUUCAGAGUGUGUGGGGGCUGAUUUGGGGCAUUCUGUUAUUAGUUUUGUCCUCUUUGCUUUGCAAUAGUCUUAUCCUUGUAUAUUUCCCCCCUGGAGCCUGUUGGGUAUACUUAACUUUUUCUUCAGUGUGAAUUUUUUCUUGUAGUAGGUUCGGUCAGGCUUACUUCUUGGUCAUCAAUUCUUUUGGGGUUGUUUUCCAAAGAACAGCUUCCCUUUUCCCUCUGAGAAUGAGGACAGUGUUUCCAGUUACAUUAGGGUGGAUUGUCAGUUAUUUCCUUAAUAAUUUAAAAUACUUCUUCCCAAUUCCAUCAAGCUUUUAAGGUCCCUUGAGAAAUCAGCAACUAAUAAGACUGAACUUCAUUCAUGGUGUUUUCCAUACCCUUCCUUCUUUCCUUAGUGUUUUAACUGUGCUAUGUAUGUUGUAGGGUGUUGCUUUGUUUUUGUUUUUGUUUUCUGGCCUGCUCCUCAGUGUUCUGUGAGUUUCUUGUAUCUUGAGGGGACUCUUCCUAGAUUUUGAAACUGUCUUUUCUAACGUUAUUCAAAUUAAUUCCUAUUUCUUUGCAGUAAAGUUCUUCUCAUCUUAUGUAUAUAAUAUACAAUUUGCUUUUUUUUGUGGAAUGCCAAAGAAGAUGUUACAUGUUCUUUUCACAUUCACCUUUUAAUUCCUCACUUACCUCAACUGAAUGACUCAAUUCCUCUACCUUGUAUUCAAACCCCAAAAUUCUUCCCUCCGUGAAGGGAAGAACUAUACAGUUUGAGUCCAGUGAACUUCUUUUUCCCAUCAUCUUUUGAUUUUGGUUUUCCUUCAUUAUGCUGUCUCUUUAUUGAUCUCUAUUUUCAUAUCUUACUUGAAUCCUUUUUUUCAUCCAGUGGCUGUGUUCCCUUAGAAAACUCUCUAACUUGUCUGAACUCUCUAACUUGUCUGAAUGAUCUGUAAUCAUUCUUUUUAUUUGUGUGUCUGAACUUUCAUCUACGUCAUUUUGUUGAAGACAAUUUCUGUAGGAUGAAUAAUUUUGGGAUAAGACAAGUUUUAUUUCUUAUUUAUGUUUCUGGUAUUGUGGGAUUGAGAUCUGCCCAUCCUGGGUUAUAUUGUUGACUCCUAUAUUUAUUGUUGUCUUUUUAAUUCAGUUACAUCUACAUUUGGUGAGAGUACAUAAAAGAGUUCAGCAAAGACUUUGCUGUAAUAGGAUUGAAGUGUUAGUUACUCUUAGACUAUUCUCCAGGGUAGCAGGCUGAUUUUCCAGAUUUUUAUUGAAAGUUAAACACUGGCUGCAACUACAGUCAGGAUCAAAUUUUCACAGGAUCCACUGUGAAAAUUAAGUGCGAGACAGCCACAAAACAACCAUUACUUAAGUAUAAAUUUUUGAGGUGAGUAAAGAGCCACCCAAAAGUACUGUGUGUGUUAACGGUUUAGUGAAUGAGAAAAUGAAAAGAAUAAUGAAAUUAGUGUGGAUAUUGAUCAGAUUAGUUGGUAUAUACAAAGUAAAGGAGAGGAACAUACAUAGAAGUAGGAAUUGAAAGAGUAAAGAAAGCAGGCUGAGGUAAAGAUGUGGGAAUUUAAGCGAGACUAGAAAUAAUUUUAAGGAUUUUAAUAAUAAUAAAGGACAGGGGCGUCUCUCAGAGGACUUGAAAAAAGCUGAGAAAUUUUUGGUUGUGAGCCUUUAAUGGCUGAGCCAUCUUUCCAGCCCAGCUGUACUUCAGAUCAGUGGUGAUUAAAAUGCAUGGUAUGGGUACAAAGACAGGCAGGUUGAUUAAUAGAAUAGAAUCAAAGACAAUAAACCCGCAUCUAUGGACUCUUGAUUUUUGACAAAAAGAGCCAAACCCAUACAGUGAAAAAAAGAAAGUGUCUUCAACACAUGGUGCUGGUUUAAGUGGUGGUCUGCAGGUAGAAUACAAAAUGAUCCAUAUUUAUCACCCUAUACAAACCUCAAGUCCAAGUGGAUGAAGAACCUCAACAUAAAACUAGAUCCACGGAAUCUAAUAGAAGAGAAAGUGGGAAAUAACCUGGAAUGCAUUGUUACAGGAGAAAAUUCACUGAACAGAACACCAAUGGCUCAGCCUGCAAGAUCAACCAUUAAUAAAUAAGACCUCUUGAAACUUCAAAGUGUCUGUAAGGCAAAGGGCACUGUCAACAGGGCAAAACAGCAGCCUACAGACGGGGAAAAGAUCUCCACUAACCCUACGUCUGAUAGAGGGCUAAUAUCCAAAAUAUAUAAAGAACUCAAGAAGUUAGACCCCAAGAAAGCUAAUAACCCAGUUUAAAAAUUGGGGUACAAAGCUAAAAAGAAUUCUCAACGGAGGAAGCGCUAAUGGUCGAGAAACGCUUAAAGAAAUGUUCAAAGUCCUUAGUCACCAGGGAAACGUAAGUCAAAACAACUCUGCGGUUCCAUUUUACACCCAUCAGAACGGGUAAAAUCAAAAACUCAAGAGAGUGAAUAUGCUGGCAAGGAUGUGGAGCAAGGGAACACUACUUCACUGCUGGUCAGAGUGCAAACUUGUACUACCGCCGUGGAAAUCAAGUUGGCAGUCUAUCAGAAAACUGGAAUAGUUGUAUCUCGAGGCCCACCCAGCUCUACCACUCCUAACCAAAAUAAAUCUUCCAGUUCACAAACACUAUUUCCAGGGUUUUGGUAAAUGCAUCUCUAAUCUUGACCACCACAGAAGUUCUUCAUGUUGAAGAUAAGUUCUGAGCUCAGCAUUCUCUGCAUGUUAUAAAACCCAAACGCUGCAGACAAGCAGGGCAAUGACAACCUGUGUUACAAGCCCAAAGAAGCGCUGGUGAGAUGAGUUGGUUGGAAAAAUGCCUGAUUAUCCUUCAUGAGGACCUGUGUUUGGAUCUCCAGAACCCACAUAAAAAGCCGGUCAAGCCUCUAUCUCUAAAGCUGGAGAUAGGGAUGUCAUCGGCUUUGUCCUAAUGUCACUGGAUCUGGAAUGUUCAAAAAAUAAGUAGUGUGGAUAUGUGGAAAAGGUACGAGGAACUCACUGACUACACAAGGAACUAAAUGCGUGCUCUAAAAAUCCCGAAGUAUAAUUCUCUUUAAAUAGAAUGAUAGAGCCCAAUAUAUUCCUGAUUUAUUCCAGUGGGGAAGCCAGAGUUAAGGAGGUUCUAUUAAUUUGCCAGGUGAGCUACAUUUGAACGUGAAUGAUGCGCUGAUAAGAGUUGAGGAGGCGGGUCGGUAUCGUUCACCAAUCAGGGACGCUGUUACUUUCCUGCAUGAACUGUCCAAUGAGGGACAUGGAUAGUCAGAGGGUGCCGCCAUUGCCGCCCUGUUUGAGUCCUGUGUACUUGCAGGGAGCCUGGUGGUGGCUUGGCCUGGCUCUCUGAGCCUUCUGCUUACUGAAGGCUCUUUAGGAAGAACACUGCUCACGUUUGAAUCAGGAAAUGGUGAGUGUGCCCUGGGUUCCUGGAGUCGUGCGUGACAUGUUGGUGACGCUACGGAGGCUUUGUCCCAGUGUGGUGCCGCCGCCCUGAUGUUCGCCUGAUCCUGUUCUGCAGUCCGAGGUGGAGUCUUGUCACCAGCGCCCUCUCACCCACGUGCGUUUUAAUUGCUUGCAGAGCAGGUUGCGGAGAGCCUGGGGUCUUGUCCCCUCGGUCCGACCCUCCCCCUGCCCCGCUUCUGAGGAACCAGUGACCUUUGAGGAUGUGGCUGUGAACUUCACCUUAGGAGAGUGGGCUUUGUUGGAUUCUUAUCAAAAAGAGCUCUACAGAGAUGUGAUGAAGGAAACCUUUAGCAACCUGAUCUCCAUAGGGAAAACCGAGGAAGAAAAUAUUGAAGAUUACCAAAAUAUUAGGAGAAAUCUGAGCACUCACGUGGUUGAAGGAUUCUAUGAAUUUGAACGUGGUAUUCAGUAUAAAGAAACCCACCAGCACAUUCAAGAGCAUGCUGUUCAUAAGUACAUGCCUCCGGGAAUUGUAGUAUAUGAAAACAUUGCAUGUGAAAAUGGUGUCAUUGAUCUUUCACAGUCAGAUGUGCACCCCAGAGUUCUAACUGUAGAGAAAUCAGAUGAGCGUCAGAAAUGUACAGAAAAACCUGUUCAGCAUAAGAAAUGUUGGAAAGAUUUCGUAUAUUCUGAGUCCUUUCUUACCCAUGAGAAGCCUUCCAGAGAGAAACCCUAUGGAAAUGAACAAUUUAAUGACCCCUGCGGGAGUCUCACUUCUUAUCAAGGUUAUGAGACAACACAUAAUGGAGAUAAUCUCCGUGAAUACAAGCAACUUGAAACAGCUCUCAUGACAUGCAGUUAUGUUCAGUCAUAUGAAAGAAUCCAAAGUGGAGAUAAACCAUUUGUGUGUAAGCAGUGUGGUGAAGCCUUUGUUAAUUCCAGUCACCUUAUCAAACAUUAUAAAAUUCAUACUAGAGAGAAGACAUUUGCAUGUAAAUAUUGUGGGAAAGCUUUCAUUCAUCCAAGAGCCUGUUAUAACCAUGAACGAACUCACACUGGAGACAGACCUUAUGUAUGUAAACAAUGUGGGAAAGCAUGUAUUCAUUCUUACCACCUUCUCCAACAUGAAAGAAGUCACACCCGAGAAAAACUUUAUGCGUGUAAGCAGUGUGGGAAAGUAUUCGGACGUUCUUCAUACCUUCGCAAACAUGAAAGAAUUCAUACUGGAGAGAAACCUUAUUUAUGUAAGCACUGUGGAAAAGCCUUUAGUGAUCCCACAACCCGUAACAAUCAUGAGAGAACACAUACUGGAGAGAAGCACUAUGUUUGUAAGCAGUGUGGAAAAGCCUUCAUUCGUUCCUCUCAGCUUCUGAUCCAUGAACGAAUUCACACUGGAGAGAAACCUUACUCCUGUAAGCAUUGUGGGAAAGCCUUCACCUAUUCCAGCGCCUGUUACAUUCAUGAGAGAAUUCACACUGGAGAGAAACCCUAUGUUUGUAAGCAGUGUGGGAAAGCAUUUACAUGUUCCACAUACCUUCACAAGCAUGAAAGAAUUCACACUGGAGAGAAACCUUAUUCAUGUAAGCAGUGUGGGAAAGCCUUCAUCCAACAUAGGGCUUGUUACAAUCAUGAGAGAAUUCACACUGGAGAGAAACCCUAUGUGUGUGUGCAAUGUGGGCAUGCAUUCACUUUUUCAAAAUCCCUUCAAAUACAUGAAAGAAACCACACUGGAGAGAAACCAUAUGUAUGUAAGCAGUGUGGGAAAGCCUUCACAUGUUCUACAUAUCUUCACCAACAUGAAAGAACUCACAGUGAAAAGAAAUCCAAUGGAUAGAACUUUUACCAAUGUAGAUCAUUUGAGAGUCUUUGUAUCCAGCUUGCUGUUGCUGCAAGGAAGGAAGGCUGUGGGGAAAUCAAGAGAAUAUGAGCAACUGUGUCAUUUUUACUCACAUAUGCAAAUAUACAUAGGAUAAAACCUGUCGUAGCAAGUUUGUCGGUGCUUGCCUUUUAUUCCAACACUAGGGCAAGGGAAGUUUAGAGAAUUACAACAUUCAGUAAACCUUAUGCUACAUGGAGGGUCUGAGUACUGCUUGAGAAAUUUAAGAAGUACCAUUUCUACUCAAAUAAAAUUGUCCACUGUACAAAAUAAAAGAAAGUUGUGUUUUAAAUGAGUCAUUACAUUUCCAUGUAGUUCAAUAGUAUAAGCAGGAAAUGUGAAGGGACUGUUACUGAAGUACAGUAAAAACUAGAGCUGACUCUUCUGUUCCGUCUUACGAAUAUACUCAAAAAUAACUUUAGAUUUUAAGUAUGGUCUGGCAGGUAAAGUAACUUUGGCGUUAUUUCACCUGCCUCAUUUCUUCGAUGGCGGGAAAACUGGGGCAGGACGAGAACUUGAGCCCACAGCUCGAAACCCCAGGACGCUGCAGGGCACAACAGUAGCAACUGUAUAAAGAAACUACUUGAAUUUUGUUCAUAAACGUCUGUUCGGUAAAUUAAUUGAAUUUCAAUUUAAUGGCUGCUGUUUUUUUUAAAGCAAUGCAGUUUCUUUUGUUAGAAGGCUGUAUUGGAUUUGUUAAAUUCAAAUGUAUUUGUAAUCAUCCAGUAUAUUUAAUUUUUAGGUACAUUUCGAGUAAUCAUGUUUGCUGUAGAGCUACAUUGCAGUUUCCUUACAUUUAUGUGCAUACUUGGAUUUUCUCAAAGUAACAUUCUUACAUAGAUUUUAUAUUUUGUAGUUUUAAUGUAUACUUUCUUCCAACAAGUUUUUGGUGUUUUAUUUAAUUUGUAGGACUGUAUCUGUGUGUGUGUGUGUGUGUGUGUGUGUGUGUGUGUGUGUGUGUGUAUACACGCAUGUGCGUGCACGUGCCACAGCACAGGUAUGGAGAACAUUCAAGAGUUUCUUUCCUGCCAGACUUCCCCUUAGCAAGCACCUUUACUCACUGAGCCUUGUUAUCAGUCCCAAAAAUGAUUUUUGUCCUGUUAUUUUCUUUUGUUUUUUGAGAUACAGUCUCUCCAGGAACUCAACUAUGGAGACCAGACUGGCCUUGAAUUGCAGAGAUCUGCCUGCCUGUCUGCCUCCUAAGCGCUGAGAUUAGAAAAGUGUGUGCCACUAUGCCUGGCUGAUUUUUAUGCAUUCUUCUCCUUUUACAUUCUUUAACUGUUUUCUAGUGAGUAGAUCAAAGAAUGUUCACUUUCCCAUUAACUCAGAAGAGACCUUCAGUUACCCUUUCAUAUUAAAUGUUGUUUAAAGGGUCUGGAGAGAUGGCUCAGUGGUUAAGAGUGCAGACUGCUCUUCCACAGGUCCUGAGUUCAAUUCCCAGCAACCAUAUGCUGGCUCACAACCAUCUGUAAAGAGAGCUGAUGCCCUCUUCUGGUGUGUCUGAAGACAGUGACGGUGUACUCAUAAGUGUAAAAUAAAGAAAUAAUUCUCUUUUAAAAAAAUGUUUAAAAUUGAAUUAUCUUUAUAAGUUAAAACCCAUUGUCAUGUUGGAAGACUUUGAAACCAAUGUAUAACGUGUAAUUUUUACUUUAUGUUGCUCAACUGUUACUGCAAGUUUGUCAUUGCUCACUAAAACUACCAUAUUGGUACAAGUAGUUUUCUGGUCAAAACUGAGUCAGACCAUACCAUUUAGUCCAACACAAUGUAAUGAAUCCUACCAAUCUUUUCUAGUAAGAUUAAUCUUGAUGUUAUUCUUCAUUAGAUGCAAUUUCUAACCUGCCUGGUGCUUGUUUUAAAUGAGUUGAUUACAUUUUAAUGUAGUGUGAUGUUUCUGUUAAAAAUACUUUGUGAUUGAAUAUAGUUCUGUCUUUUAUAAUUAGUCUCACACAGAAGAUUGUGAUUCAAAGGAAGUAGAAAUUCAUCAGUACAAGUGAAUCUCAGUUUUAAAAGGUGGUGGUGUUUUCAUGAUUCAGAUUAUGUUUACAUUUUCAGACAGAUCUCGAAGGUGUCACUGUUUUUAAUCUCUCCUAGUUAUUGAGGGGAAUUACUUACUUUUGCAAGUGUCACUUUUUUGGACAUUCAGACCCAAUUGUGUGGGCUUGUUUUUCCCUGUUUUGUUUGAUGUCAACUCAGUAUUUCAUUAAAAUAUACUGAACUCUGUUUUCCAUUAAUACCAGUGCUUUUCUUAGAUACCGUAAGAUUGCAUCGUGAUAAAUCCUGGUAAAUGCAGAAAACAUGAAUAAGAUGUAUAUUUAAUGCAUUCAAACUGGGGAACACUAACUCUUAGCCUACAGUGUUAUAUUGCCUUCAUUAGUGUAAAGUUCGUUAAAAACAUCAAAUCAUGUAUUUUGUAUUAGACCAUUUGGGUGUCGUGGGCUAUGUAGUGCUUGCUACUUUGUGUAUAUGUAGACAUAUGUCCACAGUGCAUCACUAGUGCUACUCCUGAUUGUGAUACUAGAAAAUAGAAUUUAUCAUCGCUGCGAGCAUAGGAUAUGUCCUUCACUUUGCUCUUUUGCUUUCCUGUUGUCAUGUUAUUGUAAAAGUUUGUUUAUAUCAUAAGGCAGGUAAGUCAGUUAUGCCAAUGAAAAUACAUGACUCCAGUCAGAUUUUUUAAAUCUGCUAAUGUCCUUUAUUAUUGUAAAGCAAGGUAUAUGUAUAUAUGAGGUUUCUAGUACAUUCCUAGUGAUGGACAGAGACAGUACCAUUGUUUGAAACAAAUUUAUGAUUCUCAGGAAGUGUAUUAGACUACUUUCACUUGUCAGCAUGGUAGAUUAGGAACUUUCAGAAUUAGCAUACAAUAUAGAGGUAUUCUUUGUGCUCUACACUGUUAGGGGAAAACUUGCUAUUGCAAAGUCUGGUGUUGAUACUUUGGUGGGGAAAAAAAGUAAAGUCGUAUGCAAACAUCAAACAGAUACUUAUGAGAUGGGAAUAAAGCUAGUUGGAAUUCAGUUUUUGUGGGCGGUGAGGGCACAUGCUUUCAGUCUCAGCACUUAGGAGGCAGAGGAGGGAGGAUCUCUGAGUUCAAGGCCAGCCUGGUCUACAGGGUUUCAGGACAGUCAAACUGUUUCAGAGAAACCCUGUAUCAAAAAAACAAAAAAAAUAAAUGUAGGCCAGGUGGUGGUGGCAGAGAAAAUGCCAUAGCUACUCCUUGUCUCAAAAAAAAACAACAGGUACAAAAGCAAAACAGUUUUAGAGCGCUUAUCAAACGCUUUUUCACCUUGGCUUUGAUAACCACCACUCCCAAAAUAAGAGCAGAAAGCAAGGAUCAAAGUAAGGGUUGUAAUGAAAUGAAACUUUGUAAAUAGGAUUUACUCCGAGUAUUGUACUUCGUUUCAUCAAGUAAAUUCUGGUUUUGUUAUUUAAAAUAACACAGACAUUUUUAAAAGACAGCUGUGUACCUCAUCUCAUCCUUUCAUUUCUGUUGGUCUCUGUUGUCUAGGCCUUUGGAAAAGUAUUUUAUGUACAAUAAUCCGGGUAAUAGAAUUCCAUAAAACAAUAUGUCUGUAAAUGUUGAAUACCACAAUAGAAAGUAAUUCUAGUUUUUGAGAGUUGCUAUGAGGAGGAAAUAAAUAACUUUCAUAUA